AAGCCGAAGACGAGAGGGGGGAAGCCAUACAAUGAUAAUCAUGAAAAAACUAGAAACACAACUUUACCAGCAUCGCUGACACUACCCUGCCUUUUCGCGUCGCUAUGGGUUAACUUAAUGGCGGAUAUUGGUGCGAAAAUGACAUUUGUUUGUAAGGAAGUUUACUCCGGACGACUUUAAGGAGAGACGCCUUUCGUCUUGCCCCCCCAUCAUCACCUUGCGUGGAAGAAUGGGGGCUGGAGCUCUGACCAUCUGUCACAACGAGGCAGCGGUGCAAGUGAAGGAGGACAUGAAAAAGAUGGUCCGCAUGCCCGUGCUGAAAUCGUGCUCGGUGGCAUCCAAGCACAUCAGGUUGUUCGGUGCACCCCUCCUUGAGCUGCAGGAGAAAGGCCUGACUGAAGACGGGGUGCCCCUGGUCGUGCGCAGGAUGGUGGAGCAUCUGUGCAACAAUGCACUACGGCAGGAGGGCUUGUUCCGGGUGAACGGCAGCGUGCGGGCCAUGGAGGCGCUGCGGCAGCACCUGGAGAGCGACGAGGAUGCUGACAUCACCAGUGACGCGGACACGUGCACCGUGGCCAGCCUGCUCAAAAGGUACCUGAGGGACCUCCCCCAAGGCCUGGUGGAACCUGACGUCCAAAAGGCGCUGCUGCGCUACUACCAAGAGUGCGGCGACGAGAUCUCCUGCUCAGGCCUGAGGGAGCAUCUGCAGAAGUUAACAGAGGUCCACCUUAGCCUGCUGCAUUACCUGUGUCACUUUCUCACACUGGUGGAGAGCAACCAGCAGGACAAUCGCAUGAACGCCCAAAACCUCGCCACGGUGUUCGGACCCAGCGUCUUCCACGUGUCUCCCGCAUUCGAGGCCCUCAACGAGCAGAACAUUUGCAACAAGAUCCUAGUCCGGCUCAUCCAGAACUACAGCAGUAUAUUCGAAGCGGGCGCAAAACACAAAGAAAAAGAUGAGGACGUUAAGGUUGGACAAAUUGAUGCAGAGCCUCCAUGCCAAGACAGCAACACACCUGAAAAGUUGAGGAAGAGGAAGGUGAAGAAGGGCAAGACUGAAGGGGGUGCGCUCCAAACGUCCGGCCGCCCGGUGCCGCUGCCUCGCGGUCGGGGGGCUCUCGGCGUACCAAUCGUGGUGCCUCUGAGGAGCGCCAGCCCCGCCGAGUUCAUGAAGACGACUCGCAAGGAUUCUCCCAUCCCUACCUGUUUCCAUGCCAACCUGUAUGUCAGCACCCAGGAAGAUGAGAGGCCAAUAUCUCCUUUCUAUCUGAGUCCUCACUGCUCCCCUGAAGUUUACACACCUGAUGCCACCACCAUCCUGGACAGGACCAUCCGUUCGGCGGUGAAGCAUCACCUCUUCGAUGGCCAUCGGACGUCAGACGGCGGCGGGCUGUCCCCACGGCAGCUAACGGCGAGACAGCGACGACGUCACCGCAGAGAACAGCAGGACGACGGCUACGGGCCGCGAGACAGAAGCGGAGCGGAUACCAACAAGGAGAACAUCCCAAAAUUAGGAGGUGGGAGCGGAUGUAGUCGAAACCUGAGGGAGGAAUUUAGCGACUUUUACGGAGCAUCACACGGUGGGCAGAGCGGAUCAAAACCCAGGAAGUGGAGAAACAACCCGACAAUGGCGCGGUUCAACCAGGAAGCCUACACAGAGUCUAGCAUGUCGUCAACCUUUGAGAGAACCAGACCCGGCCGCGUGGAGCCCUAUAAGAAAAGGAAUGACGCUUCAAGAAAAGACGACCUUCCUUCUCCCUUACAGACGCUACGGAUGAAGAUCCAGGAGUCGCCCGUCGUGGCCUGCGGCGGCGUGGAGGGUUACGACCCCGAGCGGGACAAGGCGAGCUGCGACGACGUGCCCCGCCUGGAUAACAACAACUGGGGAGAACCGGUCCCGGCUUACACGAUGCUACAGCGGGAGAACGCAGACCGCGAGGAGGCCCGCCUGUCCCCGCACGCCGGCGGCCACCUCAUCCGCCAGUUGCUGGAAGAAUGCAGCGACCCCAUGCCGUCCCCUCGCUUCUACGCCUACGGCCAAUGCCAACAGUAUCUGGACGACACGGAAGUGCCGCCGUCGCCGCCCAACGCUCACUCCUUCGUGAGUCGCAGAAGGAGUUCCUCUCUGGGCUCCUGCGACGACGACAAGGAGGAGUUGACCGUCGCCCAGUUAACCAAGAGGAUCCACAUUCUAAAGAAGAAGAUCCACCGAUUCGAGGAGAGGUUCGAAGACGAGCGGAAAUACCGGCCUUCCCACAGCGACAAAGCCGGAAACCCAGAGGUGCUACGAUGGAUGAACGAGCUGGCUGGGUUGCGCAAAGAACUCAAAGAACAAAAGCUGAUGAAAUCAGAGGAGGACUUGCCGCCGUUGACGCGGCAACGCAGCAACACGCUGCCCAAGAGCUUCGGUUCACAGCUGGAGAAGAAACCCGCGCUGGAGAAGUUACCCAAGCCCCCCGUGGAGAGCACGCUAGAAGGCAUCCUGAAAAAGUUGCAGGAGAAGCGCCAGGAGGUGGACCGGCCUGAGGACAUCAAGGACAUGACCAGGGAGCAGAUAGGAGCUGAGAAACUGGCCCUGCAAAAAGCUCUCCUCUACUACGAGAGCAUACACGGACGACCUGUAACCAAAAGCGAGCGGGAGAUCAUGAAGCCGUUGUACGACCGGUACCGGCUGGUCAAGCAGAUCCUUUGCAGAGCCUCCACCAUCCCAGUCAUUAGCGGCGGCGGCGCUGUAAACUCCACGCCGGCUAUCGGCUACUUCUCGACAUCACCGCAGGGCUCGCCCUCCAGCAAGCGUCGAGGCCCCCUGCUGCAGCCCAUUAUUGAGGGCGUAACCGCGCUCUUCUUCGAUGAUGGCAAGGAGGAAGAGGACGGCUCAGAGGACGAUGGCGACGCCAAGACGCAGUUCUGUGUCACCGCUCGCCCUGACCUUAACGUGAUCAGCUUCCUGGGUCAAGAGGAAGUGGACGGAUUCAUUUCACCAGUAGAUGAAUUGAUUCCCUCCAAGAACGUAACGGACAUGCGACUAUCCAACCUGCACUCGGCCACCACCCAAGAACUGGUGGAGCAACUCCAGGAAACCCGGGAGGAGAAAAAACGAAUCCGCAAGAUUCUCAAAGAGUUUGAGGAGCAGUUCUUGCGACAAAAUGGAAGGAACGUUCAGAAGGAGGACCGCUUGCCUCUAGCCUCCGAGUACAACGAGUACAAGCACGUCAAAGCCAAACUGAAGCUACUUGAGGUACUCCUCAGCAAACGAGAAUCCAGCAAGUUCAUCUGAGCAAAAACAGGCAAAAAUCAAAGACUUGUCGUGAUGGUUUGUGCAGCAGUCGAUGGUCGCUGCCCCAAAACCCCGAAAUCUUCACCGCAAACAAUCACGCUUGUAAUGUCUACUAAUUUAUUUGUGUCCGUUUCUACCACAACAACCUUUCUCACCUUUUGCCAUAGAAGUCCACAGAUGAAAUGCUAUUUUUAAAAUGGUUGCCCAGAAGAUGGUGCAGGAUAUUUUUGUACGAGAGACUUUAUAUUUGAUGGAGAGUUGUCGUCUGGGGUGACCUCUGUAGAAAAAUGCUUGCUAGUUGCUAAAAUGAUUGUUUGUAUUAUGGGCCACACUUGAAAAGGAAAAACAAAAUGUCACAGCAUUACUGAAAUCAUUUGCAAGAUAUAAAUGAAUAGUCUGCAAAUGAUUUGGUAAGAGAAAUGGAAACUGGAAUUAUUUCAUGCAAAAAGAUCUAAAAGUCUAAUCUUUUAUUUUCUUAAAUUAUUUCAUUUUGAUUUUCUCCCACAAAUAAUUCCUAUGGUAAGAAUAAUUCAGACUUAAUUUUCUGCUGUCACAUAUAUCGAUUUUUCUUUGUCAUUUUUUUUAAUGUGGCCCAUAAUACUUGCAUAUAGAAUAACCCAAAGACUCACACAGUGUAUUUCAUGAUCAGUAGUAACGUCAAACUAGCACGUUUGUUCAGUUUAGUAAACAAUUGUGAGAAUUUAAUGUAAAAAAAAAGAUGAUGAUAAUUAUAAUGGUGAUAAAUGUCCAAAUCUUUUCCCUCCUGCUGAAAAUCCAAACAACGUAUGCAUAUGUUUACAUUUGUGUGAGCACGUACGUUUCUGGUCUUUUUUUUUUCCCACUAUGGAUACGGAUGAGUUAAUCAGUAUGAAUAUUGGUUUUUAUUGAACAUAAGCACUGGCGCGGCUUCGCACAUUGAGAGUGUGUACAUUUUAGUACAUAAACUGUAUUUGUAUUUUGUAUAUAUGAAUGUAAAAAGAUAUUUUUACUGAC